CCUCUAUACUGGUUAUAUUUUGUUUGAACCGUUAGGGCGACUCGUACAUCUUCACUUCUCUGACUGAUGGCUUCCAGGUUGAGCCGGGUACCCUGACCCGAUCUGACGGAGACAAGCACUAACAGCCCCAUGGACCAUCGUCGUCAUCAGACUGCCAUUGCGAAUCCAAUAUUGACGAUGGCUUGCCAUACAAAGGAUUAUUAGAUUUCCCAUUGGAAAUAUGACCACACUCCCGAGCGGCUCAGGUCUUCUUGGUAUUCUCAGUUCUCUGGAUGCAAUCGGCCCAAGUGCCCAUCAUCCCAUCUGCUAGGUAGCGGAGCCCCACCCCGGCAACCCCGCUGCCGCGAAUGACGGGCUCGAUCUACCGAUUGACGACGACGGCCAGGCCGAGGCCCGGAUCACCGGAUUGAACGUCAACCGAACUACCUACCAUAACUUCCCAUUCCUUGGCUCCGCUCCGCUCACUUACAGCAUCUUGAUUAUUGAUCACAUCAUGAAUUGAUUGAUUUUUCGCAUUCUCAUACUUGCUCAAACUUACCUGUCCUGCCGUCCCUUGUUCCUCUCACACGUCCCUUAACUGCUCCGUUAUCGCACUCAUCGCAACGCAACCAUGCCGCCAACUCUCCCCGUUAUCCCACACUCCGGCCGGUAUCUUCUUGCCCGCACCACCACCCGCCACAUCUCAACAUCCCCUUUUCUCACCACCCACCACCACCACAGCAAAUCCCCUAUCAUUAUCACUUCCCUCGACCAACAAAUCCCCAAACCCCCACCCAAGAAAUGGAUCACCGACCUCCCUGCCCGUCUGGGGAAAUGCAUCAUCUUUGGCUGUUCUCCCGCUCAGAUUAGAGAGGCGUCGGUGAUCUUGAGAGCGGUGGCGACGGAGUGGCGGGGGUUGUUGGCGGGUGCGGAAGGGUUCUUGACGGGCGGGAGAAGGGGGGUGGAUUCAAGGGAGGUGGUGUGGGGAGAGAUGGAUAGUUUUGGCCACGUAAACAACGUCAACUACUACCGCUACGCCGAAUCCGCACGAGUCAACUGGAUCACCAACUUCUCCGUGCACGUCGACCCAGCUCACAGGCAAGAGUGGGCGGAACUAAUGCAGCCAAAGGCCAUCGGUCUAAUCAUGAAGUCCCUAAAGUGUGACUUCAAAUUCCCAAUGGUCUACCCCGACCGGAUCUCUGUCUACCACCGCCUCUCCACGCCUCCCCAGCAUGGACAAACCAGCUUCCACCUCGAUUGUAUCGUCCUCUCGCACCAACAUCGCCGCGCCGCUGCCCGGCUGGAAGAAGACGUCGUCAUCUACGAUUACCGCAAGGCAGGCAAGACGGCCAUGCCCGAGUUUAUGUUGACUCAGUUUGAGAAGACGUGGCAGUUGCAGCAGGAGGAGACAAUCAGGGCUCGCAAGAGGAUAUGGGAGUUGAUUUCCGGAGUGGAGAGGUUAGAGAGGGAGACGUGGGAUCGAGAAGAUGCGAAAGAGGACAUGGGCAGUGCGGUCAAGGGGUCGUCGUCUUGAGUGGGCAUGACGGGAGCGACAUAGGACUGGAAUGUUGAAUGGAGAUGGGGUCGUGUGGAUGGAGAAGGCGUUUGGAGAGUAGAAGAACUGAUAGCAAUAGAAUCGUAACGCCACCACUUGAAAGUCGAUGUUGGAUGGGCAGCCCGAUUCCAGCAUGUAAGUUGAUAAAGAAGGGAAGGAAAGAUCCGCAGCGGCAGCCGGUGUUAGGCCUCUCUCGAGACAACUUGAAUCCCACUUACAAGGCCGAUGGAGACUCCACCUUAUUUUCCCGACUUUCUUCUGGCUUAGUCCUAGACAUUGCAAUCAGCUUGCAAUGACAAACGCAAAAUUUCCAGUCCA